AUGCUAAUAGAUGUCAAUAACAGAGGGGGUGAGUCACUGGUACACUCGGCCGAUCCACACGCAUCACUCACGCGAGGUGGACGUCUGUCCACUACAAAUUGUAAGGAGUCGUGUUGGUUCAUGUCCAAGUACCCAGUCCUUGAAGCUUUCAGCACACGUCCCCACGUUUCACGACCUGCCGGUCAGUCAAGUGAGGCCACUGGUUCAUUAACCACUGUGAAUCUCCCACCACCACCCGUUUUAGUCAUGUGGCCCCGGAGUGUUUCAAGACAACAAGCCGUGGCCCUCAAUAAGAGUGUUAGCUGUGAAACAGUAAACGCUCGAAAAUUACUGAACUGGGUGGUUCGAGGGGCGGAUAAUGCCAUGACGGCACAUAUGUUCAAAAUCGUCUGCAGCUGCGCCGCGCUUAUCAGGGGCACGUCGACUGGCCUUGGCAAAGAAUCCUCGAAGAGAUAUUAUUGUAGUUGA